CUCCGUAACAAACAUUACCACAUUACACACACACUCUAAUUCUAUUCUGUUCUGAGUCUUUCUUUCAUUUCAGCAAUCAAUAUUGAACAUUCCACCCCACCUGCUUUUCCCCUUCACUUUACUCUCUUUCUCCCUCCUCUCUUUAAUCACUCAAUUCCUUUCUUAAUUACAAACUUUGCCUUUUAUUCUCUCCCCUUUUUUCUUCUUUCUACACUUGAUUCUCCUAUUAUCCCCCUUUCACAAAAAUCAUAAAUUAAAAAAAAAAAAAACCAAUUGAAUUUAAAUUUAAUUAAAUAAAAAAAAUGGAAAAGUACGAGGUAAUGCAGCAAUUGGGUGCUGGGAAUUUUGGAGUUGCUAGAUUAAUGCGUCAUAAAGAAACUAAAGAACUUGUUGCCAUGAAAUUCAUCGAGCGUGGUCAAAAGAUUGAUGAGAGUGUGGCAAGAGAAAUCAUCAACCACAGGUCGCUUCGUCACCCUAACAUUAUUCAAUUUAAGGAGGUGGUUUUGACACCAACUCAUCUGGGAAUUGUGAUGGAAUAUGCCGCCGGUGGUGAGCUUUUUGAUCGGAUUUGCACUGCGGGUCGUUUUAGUGAGGAUGAGGCAAGAUAUUUCUUCCAGCAACUGAUCUCAGGUGUUAGCUUCUGCCAUUCCAUGCAAAUUUGUCAUCGAGAUUUGAAACUGGAAAACACUUUAUUAGAUGGAAAUCCAGCUCCCCGCCUAAAGAUAUGUGACUUUGGUUAUUCCAAGUCAUCUCUUCUGCAUUCAAGGCCUAAAUCCACUGUAGGUACUCCAGCAUACAUAGCACCUGAAGUACUUUCAAGGCAAGAAUAUGAUGGCAAGUUAGCUGAUGUGUGGUCUUGUGGAGUGACCCUAUAUGUUAUGCUGGUUGGAGCAUAUCCCUUUGAAGACCCUCAGGAUCCAAAGAACUUCAGGAAGACAAUUACAAGGAUUAUGGCUGUUCAAUACAAAAUUCCUGAAUAUGUUCACAUAUCACAAGAUUGCAAGCAUUUGCUUUCUCGAAUUUUUACUACCAAUCCAACCAGGAGAAUUACCCUUAAGGAAAUCAGAAGCCAUCCAUGGUUCCUAAAGAAUCUUCCUAAGGAACUAACUCCACAAGCUCAAGCCGUCUACUACCAAAAAGAUAACCCAAGCUUUGCUACACUGCAAAGCGUGGAAGAGAUCAUGAAAAUUGUGGGGGAGGCAAGGAAACCUGCUCCUGCAGCAAGGCCUGUCCCAGGAUGGGAGGAUGAGAAUGAAGACGAUAAUGAUGAAGAUGCAGAAGAAGUAGAAGAAGAGGAUGAAGAGGAUGAGUAUGAUAAAACCGUGAAACAAGUACAUGCAAGUGGAGAGUUUGCUCUUAGUUAAGUUGGUGUUGUUGCCAUUGUAGUCAAUAUGUUGCAUAAAUUUUAUGGUUAUCAAAGUGUGCAUAGGUGUGGGCGUGUGGCAUAAUUAGUGCUCCGAAAAUUUGAAAAAAUUUAAGAUGUUUGAGGCUUUAAGCCUGUGACUUGGUACUGUUAGUUUGUAUAAAGGUUGGAGCACUAGAAAAUGGCACCUUUUUUUUUUUUUUUUUAACCCCUUUUUAUAAUUGAUGGAUACUUGAAGUAUGAAGUGUAUCAUAUGUUUGAUGUGGUCAUGUUGACACUGUCAAAUUGAAGUGUUACAAACUACACUUUGUAGUAAAUUAGUUAUACUAUGGUUUUUUUUUUUUUUUCAUUUGGUUGUAUAUUAUUGACUUAUUGUUAGUGGAC